AUGUUACUGGAUGUACACAAGAUAGCGAUGAACCCUUUAUUUAAAUCAUUGUUAUUAUUAUCAUACAUUGUAUUUGUAGUAAAUGCCUCAAUUCCUGCUCAGUUUUCGCCAAACAAUGGCGGUGCCUACUCUGUAAAGACGGCCAACUAUGGAUGUGAUGUGCAAUUCCAAUUUGUAUUCAAUGAGGUGAUGGGUAGUACCCAACGCACCGUCUCUACCAAUGUUGGCAGCGUAUCGACUCCCGCUGCAACCACCACGCUGGCACAAGGCGUGACACUCACAACAAUCACACUGCUGAUGCCAAUCGGCCAGUCAUCAAUCAUCUUCAACAUAUCCAACACUGACCUGCCGCUGACCUAUGACGCCGUGCCCACUACAUUUGAGUGUCUGGCGCUGCCUUCGUCUCCAAACGUCACUGUGCUGUCCAGCCAGCUGGCUUGGGACCCAUCAUCCUACACCGAUCAGCUGAUGCCAGUGCUCAUUCCCCACACCUAUGCACCACCCCAGUACACAUGUUCAGUCACCAAGACCAGCUACACUUGCAAGGUCGUGCCAAUGUCCAUGCAAGACACCACUUUCCAGUACUUCUGGGUUGUGCUCUCACUGAUCAACUCGGCCAGUGGCACAUUCAUUGGACCUGACACCCUCAAGAUUACCGAUGUCUAUGGCCAGAACAAGACCAUCAGCUUCAUGCCAAACAUCCAGAGCUCUGCCGUUACCAUCGAUCAAACCACACUGUAUCCAUCACCCGUGCUCGGCCCCAUCACUUGCCAGCAGGAUAUGUACAAUGACCCACUCUGCUCGUACAUGUAUGAGUUCCAGAUUGCCACCACCAGUACAGCCUUCUACUUGCAGCUGUGGAAGAACAAUGCACCACUGAGCGGCCUGCCAAAGACCUGGGCUGUCUACGGAACGCCCACACAGUCAAACUACAUGGGUAUAAUCCAGUUCACCAGCUCAUCCGACACUGCCCAGCGCAUGUUCAUCACCAAGGAUGGUCUGACCUCCAAGGGCAUGACCAGGUUCGACUUCCAAUCGUUUGAUAUGUCCGCCUUCAAGACCCCUGCCAUGAUAUUCAACACAACACGUCAGGUGCCCGUCUGGACAUUCACUGGCAACAUCCUUGCCACUACCUGGUUCGGUCUCUACUUUGCCGAGACCACCGGAUCAGUCAACCUCAACUACUUCCUCCCAUACCCAUACGGUAUAGGAUCUGGUCAAUUUGGCGCUGUUACACUCCAAGUCUCACAUUCCAAGGUAGUCUCCAAGUACCAGAACCCACUCACCUCGCUCACCACCACAGCCCUUGGCUUCUUCCAGUCAGCCACAUCAGCAACACCAUCCAAGGUCACAGUUGAUACUACUCCACCAACAUUCAUCUCAGUCCAAUACAUUCCAUUCACCUCCAACUCGAUCAUUGUGAGAGUGACAGCAUCGGAUGACUUGAGUGGUGUGUACAAGAUCUUGAUCAGUGACUCUGCUACCACUCUUGACCAACAGGUCAUUGAGCUCCGCCAAUAUGACUUGGUCUGGGGUACCAAGCUGCGAGGAACUUUUGAGCGCAUCUUCAACUUCUCCAAGUUGUCUACACUCGGAGACAAGAUCACUAUUAUCGACGAGGCAACCAACUCCAAGGUCUUCCAGCGCUCUGCCACAGUCCCAACCAGCUCUCUCCCAUACGUCCCACAACCAAACUCCCUGUAUCCACAUCAGAUCACAGACUUCAACUUUGCCUCAAACAAUAUUGAUACCACCAACGUUAGGACAUCUAAUACUCUGACAUUCAAGGUCAACACCGCGGACAAGUCAUUUGUCCCUGUGCUCAAGUUGUUCGCCUCGUUCCAUGACAAGCAGCUAUCAGAUCGCUACACUUUCCAGGGUGCCUGGGACGAGACCCAGCAGAUGUAUGUCAUCCCCUUCACCAUGCCAAUGAACAUGUUCCCAGGCCCAGUCGACUACACCAUCUACAUGCGUCCAUUCGUGUGGGACAUGCGUGUACUGCAGCCAGUGCUCGGCGGCAAGGCACUCCUCAACGUCACAUCGAGCAAGUUCGACUUGCAAGGACCAUACCUCACAAAGUGGGCAUCCGGUGAUGAGUCACUGUCCUUCAGUGGCACCAACCCACCCCUAUUGAGCUGGAUCUUUGCUCCAUCAUCCUACGCCACACCUUUCGACUAUGGUAUCCUGUCAGUCACCAGUGACUCUGAUCCCAAGGUGUACAACAUCACAUUCAAUCAAGCAAACAAGACUCCCUCUGGAUACAUUGCCAACUUGCAGCUUGAGCCACUGUGCCAGACUCAGAACUUCAGGAUUCUAGAUAUCGAGCUAUACGAUGUCAAUGGCUACCGCUCCAAGCUAUUGUCCACUUCUCUCGCCAGUCCAUUCCGCGAGUUGUCCAGUGAGAACCCUCAAAGCAAGCUCAUCAACGUCAGAUGUACCUCGACCAAGGUCGAGACGACAGUCCCAACAUUGAUCGGCUUUGACUUUGCUCCAACUUAUGUUAAUGUGGCAUCGAUCAACAGGAUCGUGUACUUCAAUUUGACGGUCAGGGAUAAUAACUCGGGCAUCUCAUUGUCCCACACGCCAGUGGUCUACCUGACAUCGAUGAUGGACGACAUCCUCCAACUGCCCAUGAACAUCAUCUCAUUCGACAACACCACCGCGGUAUUUGGCCUCAACACAACCAUCCCUUACGGCUUUGGCAUUGGAGGUACCACUGUCUCAGUGUUUGGUAUAUCGGACGUGCAGCUCAACUUCCUCGGUCUGCCAUCGACUCUCCUAGUCAACAACUUCCUCAACACAUCGUUCGAUCUGGUGGCGCCCACACUUGAGCGUGCAUCCAACAUCUCAGACAAUGGUGGAAUGCUCACAGUAUAUGGUCGCGCCUUUGGUGUGAACCAGACCGAGUUCCAAGCCUACAUCCACUACUUCACCUCUGACUUUGUCACGAUCCCAUCCGUCUUCUUCUCUGGCACAGUCUUCAUCAUUGACAUUGCAGCCAUCCCCAAGGGUGCCAUCGUCAAGGUGUCUACCCGUGGAGUAAUGUCUAACGAACUAUACAUCAACACCAAUGCCACCAAGCCACCACCUCCACCACCUGUGCCAACUUGUGGCAAUGUUAGCGAUUGCUCUGGACAUGGAAAGUGUAUCGCCCAAGACAUCUGUGAUUGUGAUGAUGGAUACAGUGACAAGGAUUGCUCUAAACAGAUAAUUGAUGGAACUGAUCCAACCUUUGAUCCAAAUGAUCCAACAACAAUCUUUGGAAAGGGAUCCAUUAGUGUCCUACGUGUGUUGGAGCUCGACAACUUGGGCCAGACACUCAAGACAUACACUCUGAGCAACUUGUGGACAAGGGAGAACAUGUCCGAGACUGACAUGCUCAAGACACGUUACACCACCACUCUGGAGGGCACCGAGACCAACGUGACAGUCACCAUCCAGUACUUCUUCAAGUCGGCCACCAUCAAGUUUGCCGGCAAGGACAUGGUGAUGAAUGCCGGCACACUCAAGUACUCGAUCGGCCUCACACAGUACAACUUCACCACGCAGCUCAACACUCUCCAAGUGAUCAUGUCAGCUGACGUGACUACACACGAGGAGGAGUCGUGUUCGGCUCAAUCUUCGGGUACCCUGGGCGAGGGCCAGACCAUCAACUGGAUCAAGCUGCAGGUCAAUGGCCAGACGAUGUACAUGCGAUUCAUGAACUACGCCGAGAUUGACACGCGUGUCUCACCCAUCAGCAACACAGUGCUGCCCAGUGCCACCAACAGCUCGCAGGCAUCCACAUCAGACAUUGCCAUCAACGUGCCACACUACACAUUCUACGCACUUAUCGACCCAGACUUUAGUCUGUUGGUGGAUACUAUCGACUCGUCAUCAUCACGUUGCUCGGGCAAGGAGUCUGGCCUAUCUCGCACAGCACUCAUUGCCAUCAUUGUAGCCAGUGUUGCAUUUGGAUGUGCACUGAUAGCCAUCAUCAUUUACUCAGUCGUGCGCGCACACAACCAACGAUCUCUACGCAAGAAGAUUGGUUCAAUCAACUUGACCCAGUAG